AUGUGGUCCACUGAUGAUGUGAUUCCUUUCGAAGCGAAUAAUAACAUCAAUAUUGAUAUUAACAGCAAUAACAAUACCGUCAACAAUAUCGCUCUCUGUACAGAAACUUUAAUAAGUAAUCUUAUGAAAAACGAUGUAUGUUACAAAGGCAAUACCUCACCACAAGAUCAACACAGCAAUAAUUCAAGUUUGGAAUCACUGAAUUCACCUCUAAUCGAUGACAAUCAGGUGGUAUCUACGUCAUGCUCUGAAGAUUCAUUUGAAAUGUCAAGUACUACUUCAAGAACCGCCAAUGAUCUGCCAACGCCGUCCGAUCAUUCUUCGUAUCCGUUUUUAAGCAGUGAUUCAAUGAAACGCGCAACUCCUGACAAUGGACACGACGUCGUUGAUAAUAAUGAGGAAUACGAAUCCAUCGACAAAACAGAUUUGAAAACAGAAUCAGAUGUCACAGAAAACAAUCACUCACAACCGAUAAGUUCAGCUGAAUCACACCAAACAAUCAUACCGAAUCGAUCUAAUCAGUCAGUAGAGCCAUGCGAAUUGAAAUCGUCUGAAGUUGGGCAAACGUUGAUUAUGACUCAAAACAAAAUACUGGAAGGUAAAUGCGAAUCAAUAAAUGCUAAUGAAUCGGUUGAUGUUGAUGUGAAUACAAAUGCGAAAGCUGUUUUUGAAGAUGACGUAAAUCAUAAAAAUGAAUCUCAAAUUCAAUUUGUGCCCAAAGUUAAUGAAGUAAACAAACGAACCGAAAAAUCUCAGUUGAUUGAGGCGAGCGUAGAAGACAUUUUCGUUGGAGUGUCCUCUAACGAGGGCUGCUCUUCUUCUGAAGUAGCUUCUGAACUGCCCGAAACACUGCCGAAUGAUGAUCAGACUAAUUUAUCAGCGAUUUCAUCGCCUAUCAAGACUUCCUCAGGAGAUCAUCAUUCAUACGAAUCCGAUUGCCCUCAUUCAGCUAUUGGCAAGGAACACAACAAAGAUGUUGCUCUCGCAUCGGCAAGUUCAACCGAAAUGUUAUCAACGAACGAAGUUCCUUCUUCGUCUGCCAUUCCCUCAUCCACAAAAGAGAUUGGUGAGCAGAAGUCAUCUACGAUGAACUCAUCAGAAUCGGAUUUGUUCAACAGAUUGGAUGAAUAUAAUUGGCGUGUGCCAAGUACAUCAAAAUCGAUGGGAUGCAUAAGCAAUAAAGAAGCGUUGCAGAAGAGUAUUGAUGCUGAACUGAAUAGUUUAGAUACGUGCUUACCGAAUCUUGACUUCAAAAAACUCGAACAGCAACUUCAUAGUGCUGCUAGAGAACGACUAAUUAUCGAGAGAAAAUUACUGGGUGAACAAGUUGUUCAGGAGGUGAAAUUAUUGAACAUGAUCAAUUUGAAGGUGCGAAGAAGACUCGCCCUACAAGUGGAUCAAUUAACUGCGGGACCAUCUCCACGUGUUCUGACACGACCAUCGAAAUCCAACUUGGGAUUCCGUUUAAAAACAGCAAUGAAUUUGCAGGUCUGCUAUAUGAACGACAUAGAGGAUGAUGAAGAUGCGGAUUCUGAUUCAUCAUCGGACGAUGACUUCGGUGUGCCGAAAUCGAAAUCAGCACCAAACCUACGAGGUCAUGUUCACGAUGGUUCCUCAAUGAAUGCGUCACAACUGCGAAAACAAAUCGCUUCGAAUCAACCAAAUGAAAGGCGACUCGUUCUGGAGAAUGAAACAAAACUGAUGCUUGCCAAGGCAAAGCAAACUGCGAAGAUGCAAAUGGAACUCGAAAAAUUAUAUGCACCUCGAAGUAGUAAACUUCCCAAAAAAGUAACAAGGAUACAACUUUCAAAAAUGAGCUGUCGACAAUUGAUGGAGAUUUACGAUCAGUUGAGCAAGCGAAUCGAUGUGGAGAAUGCAGAACUAAUGAGGUUAUUGGUUGAGAGAGACUCUCUGCAUAUGCAGCAGGACUCGAUGCUCGUUGAUAUUGAAGAUAUGAUUCGGUGA